UAGCGGCACGAGAGGUACGCUCUCACUGACACGGUAGCGUCAAUACAAGUCCGGUAUUGAUGCGGUGAAUACGUGGAGAUGAAUCAACACCAUAGCUGGGUACCUUUCACCAUCGGCUUCUCGAGACUAUAUAUGGAGUAACUACCAUCGAUGCUACCAGUGGUUUUCCCCCAGGGUAAAGGGAUGAAAAAGCUGGACCUAAGAUAUUUCCGGCUGUUUUCUGUCACGUUGGUUUAUUAAUGAGGAGGAGUGUGGACUUCGAGAAGUUAUCAGUUCACCAACUGGUUUCCGGAAAGAGUUGGCAUAUGUCAUUGAAUCAUGCACGAGUGUGAUUAGAUAAUAUCUCGAGAACCCUAAUUGUCCGUCUUAAUCGAAAAGUGACAAUUCUGUCCAUCAUUCGUCAAACAUAUUUCUGUAUCAUCGUUGAGUAUAGUUAUACUCUGAACUGACCUCGUAAAGUACAUCGUAGGACGUACACAGGUAGUCCAGCUUUAAAGUCACCACACUGCAAUAAGUGAAUGUCCAUGGCUCCUGCCGUUUGAAGAAAACAGCCAGACUUUUGUACUGUGAGAAAAUCCUUAAACUGCCACAUGAGUGGACAUAUGGUGGCCUACUUGGGAUCACCCCACCAACCAUCAUAGACCACAAGCCAUUGAUUGUGAACUUGCCGGUACGUCAACAUGCACAAGGCGUCUCAGAGAGACAUUGAAGGUACCUUGAGAACAACAUAAGAUGCCAAGACAGCGACAGGGUCAAGAUGGCGGGACAACCUGACAUCAACGAAGAUCUAGAGAGACUCUCUACAGCUUAUGGCCGUUACCAUGGAUACGCCAGCCUAUGUGUCUGUUUUUCUGGCAUCAUUACGAACAUCUUCAACAUCACCGUACUUACACGUAAGCACAUGCGAACACCGGUCAACACCAUCCUGACCGGUCUGGCAAUAGCCGACAUCAUCACAAUGUCCUCUUACGUGCCUUUUGCUAUACACUUCUACUGUAUAUACCCAACAAGUUCCAGCACACCGGAGAAAAACAGCAUUCAUUGGAUGACUUUUCUGUUGUUUCAUAUCAACCUGACCAAUGUGACGCAUACCAUUUCAAUAUGGUUGUGUGUUAGUCUCUCUAUCGUCAGAUAUAUACAUAUCCGAUCACCUAGUGGAGCAAGCGCCGCUCGGGUGCGGAGAAUCAACCAAUCCAAAUAUUUAGUACUUGCAGUCUACAUGACGUCUACAAUCGUCAUGAUUCCAAACUACCUGACUAAUGAGAUGAAGGAAAGUAUAAUCUCACACAACGAAACCAAUAGUACGAUCUUUGUUCUGAAAAGCCUACGACUUGGCAGCAACGAUACGGAGCCGCUUGUGUUGGUCAACGUUUGGAUGUACGCUGUGUUAGCUAAGCUUGUGCCAUGUCUACUAAUGUCCAUAUUUGGAGGCCUUCUUUUAUACCAAAUGCAUUCAAAAAUAAGAUUACGGAAAAGCUUCCUGAAGUUCUCGGGUUCAAGCCAUAUCAAACUUCAAGAACAUUCCCGAACCACGAAAAUGUUGAUAUCGGUCAUAGUACUGUUCCUCGUUACAGAGUUGCCCCAAGGGGUCCUCAUCAUCCUCAGUGCUACAAAGAUGUCUUUUUUCGAGACUGUGUACCUGCCCCUUGGGGAUGUUAUGGACAUUGUAGCCCUUAUAAAUAACUCCAUUAAUUUUGUGCUGUAUUGUUCUAUGAGUACCAAAUUUCGUGAAACAUUCCUGCGGUUAUACUGCGGUUGUACAGUACAGAAGCAAGCCAGAAAUGGACAUGCCUUGCGGGAAAAAGCAGACACAUAUACUAACAAUAAUCAGUUAUGACGUAGCCAUUUCAUGCUACUGUGCAAUAUGUGUGUGUGCCUUUGUGGAAUGUCUUGUAAUAUAACUUAAAUCAUGGACAUAUGUGUUAUAAUGUAAGCGAUGUGACAUGAUGUGGUUGUAAUUAGCAACUGUCAGUGGAUUUCGCACCCAGUACAUUGUCCAAAGAAACGAAGAGGAAUAUAAUUACUGCAUGCUGCCUUUGGACAAUACCUAAUAAGACCACAGGGAACUGACUGACAUGUACUUCCUGGAAUUAUGUCUAAUGGUGUUUUGAACAUUUUAUCCAGGAUUCAGCGAUUACAGUUUAGAAUAACGUUCAAGAAAUUGUAUCUGCUGAGGAAAACAUAGAUUACUCAACUAGCUGUUGGCCAAAGCAGUCAUUUCCGAGACAUGUUUUUCAAACUUUUGACCGUAAGCCCACAGUGGACUGAUAGUUCAAAUUUUCAAUAUAUAUGUUAUUUCGUUCCUAUAAUUGUAUAAUGAAGAAAUUGUUAUAUUUAUUUAUGUGGCCUGCAAAGCGUUUACAUAAUCAGCAGUUCAUACUCCAGUGCCUCGCAAGAGUACAUAUAAUAACUGAUCAUUGUUUGAGAAGAACUCGUACAGGUCACUUUAGGAGGGGAUUUUGUUAUCAAACUAGUUAACAGCUGCAGUAUGUAGAUGCAUUUGACUGUAUUUUCAUGACUGGCAAACUAGUUUUGUCACGUCUGUCGAUAUUCCGCAACGGGUACGGGAUUCAUUUUCGUAAUUGACUGAAAUUAAAAGCUGUAAUUUUCUUAAAAGCUAAUGUGAAAUAUUUUUGUUGUAAAUGAAGUAGUUAUGUUGUUUCAUGUUAUGCCUUCAGUCAUGACCUGCUCAUUUCAUUAUGUUUGUAACCAAUUCCACUUCUACAGGAAAUAAUACUGACACUGGUUGUGGCGGUAGAAACAAAGCGCUACAGUUAGCCUCUUGGUACGUCCUUGAUACUUUGUAAUUAGCUGGUGUUACUCUUUCGACCAGUGUGGAUAUAUUUUGUACCAGUUUUCCAAACAUAGGUUGGUCAUAUUUUUUUAUUAAUGAAAAAAGCAUCUCCCCACAUAAUGAACGAUGAGGUUUUUGAGAUAACGUCGCAGAUUGACAUCGACCACGUCUUCCUGUAUCCUGUUCAACCUAUUGACGUUGCUCAAUCCAUCAAUCACUAUUUUCUUUGGUUUCUUAGUAUCUACAGACCGAAGGGCAUGAUGCAGGGAGACCAAGAUUCAUCCAUUGUCAGUGUUAGUGUGAAAUGGUCGUGGGAUCAAGGUCUUCCCGACUGGUAAACGUCAGAGACUGAUGUUACGUUGACUGAACGAUUGAACUUACAGCAACGUGAUGCUCGCUAAUGUUCACUUUAGUCAUAUUAUCACUUAAUAAGUCAUAUUAUCACUUAAUAAGUCAUAUUAUCACUUAAGAAGUCAUAUUAUCACAUAGAAGUUACAUAACCUCUUUAGAAGCCAUAUUAUCAACCGGGGUUAACUCAGGGUUUAUUCAGGCAUUGUUAGCUAUGCUGCAAAUAUAUUUCUUAUCCUUAACGCUCAUGCCGAGGAUCAACUGCCGAAGUAAGACAGAUCCACCCAAACCGACAGCAUCUAAGAUCCUUCUGAAAAAAAACAUUUAUUGUGCUAAUGUGUCGGUGAAGGUCAUAUAUUAUACAUUGAGAACUGGUGAAACAGAGGUUCAACCGCUUUGUACAGUGGGUGCUAUACGUCCAACAUUCAACAUUCAAAGCGUAUUGACUUGUCAGUGCAUUUGAGUGAAUGACGAAAUGAGCGAUUAAUACUAUCACUUUGUAUAUUAUACUUUACUGUCGUCACUUCCGCAUCAUUGUUGAGUUGCUAUCACAAGUGUGUCUUGCUUAAAUGCUUGAAUAUGAACAAUUUUUUCACACGUUCUCUACCACCACCAGAUUAUGUUGUACAAUGUAUUAAACAAUCUGCAAUCAUU